AUGGCGCAGUACAAGGGCACUAUGCGCGAGGCCGGCCGGGCCAUGCACCUCAUCAAGAAGCGCGAGAAGCAGAAGGAACAGAUGGAGGUACUGAAGCAACGCAUUGCAGAGGAGACCAUUAUCAAGUCAAAAGUGGACAAAAAGUUCUCAGCCCACUACGACGCCGUGGAGGCCGAGCUAAAGUCCAGCACUGUGGGCCUAGUGACCCUGAACGACAUGAAGGCCAAGCAGGAGGCCCUGCUGAGGGAGCGAGAGAUGCAGCUGGCCAAGAGGGAGCAGCUGGAGCAACGUCGGCUGCAGCUGGAGAUGCUGCGCGAGAAGGAGCGAAGGCGCGAGCGCAAGCGCAAGAUUUCCAACCUGUCCUUCACCCUGGACGAGGAAGAUGACGGCGACCAAGACGAUGGCCAUGGCACUGAGGGCGCUGAGGUCCACAGCGGUGGUGCCAAGAAGAACUUGGGCAAGAACCCCGACGUGGACACGAGCUUCCUCCCCGACCGUGAGCGCGAGGAGGAGGAGAACCAGCUGCGUGAAGAGCUGCGGCAGGAGUGGGAGGCGAAGCGAGAGAAGGUUAAGGGUGAGGAGGUAGAGAUCACCUUCAGCUACUGGGAUGGCUCUGGCCACCGGCGCACGGUGCGCAUGCGCAAGGGCAGCACCGUGCAGCAGUUCCUGAAAAGGGCGCUGCAGGGGCUGCGCAGGGACUUCCGAGAGCUGCGCGCAGCAGGCGUGGAGCAACUCAUGUAUGUCAAGGAGGACCUCAUCCUACCGCACUACCACACCUUCUACGACUUCAUCGUGGCCAAGGCGCGGGGUAAGAGCGGGCCACUCUUUAGCUUUGACGUGCACGAUGACGUGCGGCUGCUGAGCGACGCCACGAUGGAGAAAGACGAGUCGCACGCAGGCAAGGUGGUGCUGCGUAGCUGGUAUGAGAAGAACAAGCACAUCUUCCCCGCCAGCCGCUGGGAACCGUACGACCCCGAGAAGAAGUGGGACAAGUACACCAUCCGGUGA